UCUGCGUUCUGUAGAAUUUGUACUGUGUUGGGAAAGUCAGAAUAUGAUAUCUACGAAACAGAGCACGAGGGUGGCGUAACAAUGAGCCUGCAUAUGAUGCUGGUUGAGUUGUUUCCCUCUGUUUUCAAUGAGGAGCAGAUAAAACGAGACGAAUGCUUAAAAUGGCCAAAUAGCAUAUGCGUGGAAUGUAAAAGAAAAGUGUUGGGUGCAUAUUCAUUGUACGAUUUGUGUAUAAAUAGUGAAAUACAGUUGAAGAAAUAUGUUCCUCAUACAGAAGUUGACGUCGGAGAUGUCCUUGUUAAAUCAGAACAUGCAGACGAGACUGAUCCCAUGUUGGUGUCAAACACAUGCCAAGAAAUUACAAAACCAUUAGAAACGAACACCAAAAAGCGUGGGAGGCCUGUACGAAUAUCAAAUAAAUCACUUUCAGCAAAGCAAUCUGAGGAUUCCACAGAAGGCGGUGCAGUGACGAUCGCGGAUCAACUUUGUACAACAUCUGAUCAUUUUGAAAAUAACUCUGGUACGAAAGACGAGGAAACAACCUUCGAAAUAACUAAAAACACGAGAAAUGUACGGAAAUCUCGAUUAAGAACAAAAACAACAAGUAGUACUGAAAGAAAGAGCUCAUUAAAUAAACGCCCAAAGGAAUCAGGAAUUGGAAAUGAGCAAGAGAAAAAAGAAAAUCGGACUAAACGUCGUUCAAAUGAUUUAAAAGAGAAAAAAGAAAAAAAGAUAAAACAUUCGUCAGAAAAGGUUCCAGAACAUGAUGAAAAUGAUACCGAAGAAUUAGAAACCAAGGUAGAUCUGUACCGCUGCAUACUUUGCGAUGGUCCGGUAUAUACGUCACCGAAAGAGCUGACUGAACACUUGAAAGCGAUGCAUCCUCAACAGAUUCGUUCAUGUGACAAGUGCCCUAAGGUGUUCGUUAGCGAACAAGUGUUCCAGCAUCAUCAAUAUUGCCACGCUACAGGACGAUCAUUUUUCUGCUUAUUUUGUGACAAGGGAUUCCAGAAUCAACAGUUGCUGAAUAGUCAUAUACGCACCCACACUCACGGAACGGGUUUCCUAUGCUCUUAUUGUGGACAGGAAUUUAGCAACAGAAGCAAUCUACGACAGCAUUUGUUGCGCCACACUGGAGACAAACCGUGGGCAUGCACCCAAUGCCCGAGUCGUUUCAGUAUGAAAAGCUAUUUAGUAAGGCAUCAGCAUACCCACACAAAAAUUAAACAAUUUAGCUGUGACACGUGUGGGUCUCAAUUUAAUCGGCAUUAUUCCCUUGUAAAACAUCAACUUAUUCAUACAGGAGAAAGACAUUUUGCGUGUGAAGUUUGCAGCGUGAGGUAAUCUUAUUGUUGCAUAUACUAUUUUCUCGGGUUUUACCUUACCUCUGGUUCAAAUUUUUAUUUACUUUUUACAGGUUUACUUCUAGCCAUCACGUGAAGCGUCAUAUGCUGACGCAUACGGGAG